UGAGAGGCGGCGCUCAAGGGCCAUGCUCAAGUGGUUGGUGACCCGGGGCCCGACCCCCACGCCCCCCGUGAAGGAGGUGGUCACCGAUGACCCCCUCGCUACCCUACGGGUCAAGGCCAACGCUCACCACAUCUACGCCGUCUCCAGAGUGAACCCGUUGUACCAUGAGGAGGAAACUGAGAGUACCGAGGGCCUGGAGGAGGAAGAGGAAGGAGGAGAGGAGGAAGAGGACGGAAGGGAGGAAGAGGGGAGGCAGAAGGUACAACUAAGGCAGCAGAAGGAGGAAGACCUGCUCGAGUCUCCGCCCAUUGACCGCAGCUCUGUCCGCUCCUCUGGUUAUGGGUCCAAGGAGACGGACUCCGCCUCGGAGAGGUCAGACGGUCACGACGACGAUGACCUCUUGGGGUCAGAUAAUGCACUCAGUAGUGCCACAUCCCGUCCCCCAUCCCACCCUGACGGGCAUCACACAGCCCCUGGAGGGACAGGAGUGGGAGAGACGGGGGACGGGAAGGUCACCGAGUCCAUAGUUGAGUUUGGCAGCUGCAGGACGCCGGCGUCUCCGGGAGAGGGAAGAGGGGCGGUGAUAUCCGCGGGCGGGAAGGCUGUGGCCGCCAUUGUCACCCAACACCCACACUUCGUUCACGCCAUCCAGGUUGGCAUGCGUCGCACCCGGUCCCUGGAGAUGGUGCGUCGCACCCGGUCCCUGGAGAUGGUGCGGCGGCAGCCAGCCAUCCAACAGUCCGGGUCCUCGACCGUGCCUCGGCCCGUCUGGCCAAGCACCGGCCAACUCCCUCAUAACCAAGGAACGAGCAGAAAAGCUUUGCAGCAGAUACAGGAAUUGUUCACUUUUCCAGAGUCAGGACGUCAGCGCGUGCCAAGUCCAGUGGAGAUUGUGACGCAGGACUUGCGAUACGUGACGGCCAUAGACGUGACGCCCUUGCGACCCGUCACACGUGCCAAGACCCUCAGCCUAGGGCGCCCUAGACAGGUGCCAGGAAGUGCCAAGAUAUCAGGUCAUCAUCACGAUAACAUGCAUGCGAGGAAGGUGGAGGUGCAGGCGGGGAGUGCAGAAGACCGCAGCAUCACCAGGUACUUCGGAGAAGACCGCAGUCAUCCAGCCUUCUCCCUCAUGUCUCUUCAGCCGGACUCGCUGGUGACCGAGGACACCCUUCGCAUGAUGAGGUAUGGCAGGGAGGACGACCUGCUCGAGGACGACCACCACCACCACUUUGACGACGACCACCACCACUACGAGUCCCCCAUCCAGUUGACACAUUCUGCCACCAUGCCAGACUUCAGCCAGGCUGUGUACACCAGAGGGCUCUAUGCCACGCUCAAUAGAGCCGCCUCGCUCAGUACCAAAGACAUGGUCAAACCUCCGUAUAAAGUCCGAAGUAAGAGCUUCGAUAUCUCCAUUCCUAUACACAAAAGUUGCCCCAAGAAGAGAGGACUGUUAACAAUCAAAGAUCUAUGGGAGAGAAGUGGUUUAAAAACAAAUGGUAGAAAACUUAUAGUAAGCGACGACAUGUUAGACAUUAGAAAAGAGCCACAUGAGGACGUCUCGAGAAGGUACUCUCUUGGUAGUAGUGUAGAGCACCUGAGAACCUUUGCCUCAUCUGUGCCAAACAACGAACGACUCUUGCAACGACUAGAGAGCGACACAACCAACAGAACCUCCACGACCACCACCUACGACGACCUCCACAGCUUCGAGAGCAGCAGAUGUAGUCACCCAUCGCUGGAAACCAAGUCCUCAGGCAGCUAUGCCGAGAUCAACGACAUUGUGCCUGGUGGAGUGGACAACCCCGCCUUCCUGGACGACAGCGGGCACCCCAGGUUCCCCAGCCCUCCUCCCAUCAUCCACCAUAACGGCAAGCCACUCAUGCCCGCCAACAAGUUCCUGGAUCCGGACAAACUCGCAGCUUUCCAGAAAAAGAUCAGCGAGAAGCUGCAGGGAGCGCCAUUACACCGCAUGCAGUGGCUGGACCUGGACGAUAUCGUGCUGGAAGAUGCAACUGACAGUAGACAAGAACGUAGAGUCAAAUUCACCGCUGAUACCAUCAACCCGGGGAGCCUGGAACGAGGGGGCAUGGAAGGCUUCCAGCGGGGAGGUAGGAGGUCUCCUCCUGUGCCUGGAGGAGCUCUGAGGAGUCACAACAAUGAGUCUCUGGAAGGAAGGAGGCUCCAGGAGGCAACCUCAAAGACCACCAGUAAGGCUGCCAGCGAUGCCGACCACAAGGGCAUAUGGGCCAUCUCUGAGAGCUACAGAGAUAGAUUCCAGGAGGCGCCGGCGGGCACCAUGGGCCGCGGGAGACGACAACAGCUCUGGGAGAGCUACUAUGGCACCACCGGUGGCACCCUGCCUAGACCCCUGGCACCUCACCCCAACAGCAAGGCGCCCAUCUGUGGUGGCGCCGCCACGUGCCUGGACUUCACCCUGGACCUGCGGCGGUCAGACAAGCUGCGGCAGCGGUCAGAGGCCCGCAGACGCCGCCGCCGGUGUUACGUGUUGGUGCUGGUGGUGGUGGCCCUCGGGGUGUUCCUCGGCGUGGUGGUCGCCGUCUCCCUCUACUACACCAGCGGCCAGAAGUUCUUCGGUCCCAUGUAGAGGCGCCCCAUGUAGAGGCGUCCCAUGUAGAGGCGUCCUAGUACUACACCAGCGGCCAGAAGUUCUUUGGUCCCAUGUAGAGGCGUCCCGUGUAGAGGCGUCCCAGUACUGCACCAGCGGCGAGAAGUUCUUCGGUCCCAUGUAGAGGCGUCCCAGCUUCAUGCAGGUCGGCGUUCAAUCCCCGACCGUCCAAGUGGUUGGGCACCAUUCCUUCCCCCCGUCCCAUCCCAAAUCUUAUCUUGACCCCUUCCAAGUGCAAUAUAGUCGUAAUGGCUUGGCACAUUCCCCCUGAUAAUUCCCCCCUCCCCUUCCUUCCCGGCAGUUAAUACGUAUCCUGGAGCUACUCAACCGUUGUGGGUGGCCUCAAUGACUCUAAACAACUUCACUGUAUCCCCCGUCAAAGGGGAAGGAAUACCUUUACAACACCCUCGACUAUCUGUCAGGCGGCCAAGCAAGAUACAGAAUCCAGCGUCAUGGCAAGUGACAGUUACAUAGAUACUGUAAUAUGUUACAGAGCCACAACUGUGUCGAGAAUAUUACAUAAUUGGGGAGCUGGUGGAACUGUAGUGAACAGAAUACAAAAUGACGCCGUGAGUCAGAGAGUGCCGUAAGAGGCUGUUGACAGGCGGGUGGAUGACGGUAGAUGGUUCUUAGUGAUGACGAGCCGAGAUGAUGAUGAUGAUGAUGAUGAUGAUGGUGUGAUGAUGCUCAUGAUGGUGUGGUGGUAUUGAAUGUCUUCCCGCCAAACACACACCGAAACUACGACGUUGGUACAACGUUCGAACAAGUUUUAACACCU